AUGGACAAACGAACACCAAGAGAGAUUGAAAUGGGGGACAGAGUUUUAGAAUCGUUAGCAAGGAGCAUUGGGGAACUAGAUGAACUGAUAGAAUCAGAAAAUUCAACAGAGAACUUUGUCAUGAAUAUGCGGAACCCAAAUACAGUACGGAAAACAUCCACAGACGUAAACAAGAUCCUAACCUGGUUACGAAGCAAAAAUAGAAAUCGAGACAUUUGCGAUAUUCCUGCGGCGGAGUUAAAUACCUAUUUGGCCCAAUUUUUUAUGACAGUCACCAAGCAGAAUGGCGAACAAUAUGAGCCUAAUACUUUAAAAUCCAUCCAGUGUAGCAUCAAUCGUUUUUUAGCAGAGAAGGGUUCUAAUCUAAACAUCAUCGAAGACAGAGAGUUUAAACAUUCCCGGGAUGUUCUACUAUCGAAAAGGAAACUACUGCGACAACAAGGAAAAAGGAACAAGGAUAGAAGAGCAGAUCCUCUAACUCAGAAUGAAAUAGACAUCCUGUAUUCCAACAAUUUUCUUGAUGGAGCGAACCCGAAAGCCUUGAGCAAUACGGUGUAUCUUAACAAUUCAAUGUACUUUGGAAUGCGGUCCAGAACAGAACACGUCAAUCUUAGAUGGGGAGAUAUUGAAUUAAAGGAAACAUCGACAGUUGAAAAGUUCUUAGAGCUUUCUGAAAGAGCAACAAAAACCCGCACAGGAGUGACUGGUGAAACAAGAGCAUUUGCACCAAAAAUGUUUGAAGAAAAAGGUAAUCCAAGAUGCCCAGUGAAGAUGUAUUUAUUGUACAAGAGAAAAAGGCCCGACAAAAUGCUAACUGAAGAUUCACCUUUCUACAUUGGCAUAAAUAGGAAACCGACUGGGGAUUCGUGGUAUAUGUCACAACCCAAUGAAUCCAUGGGUAAAAACACUCUAGGAAACAUAAUAAAGUUGAUGUGUGAGGGAGCUGGUAUACAAGGCCGAAAGGUAAAUCACAGCGUAAGGAAAACCGCUAUUACAACACUUGUACACGCAGGGAUUCCGCCAACUCUAGUGCAGCAACAUUCUGGCCAUAAAAAUAUUGCCUCAAUAAACAACUACAGCACUGCAUCUAUCAACCAACAAAAAGGUAUGUCAGAUCUACUGAGCAACUUUUCCAAGGGAAAAACAACGGAUGCAGCAGAGGAAGUGAACGAUGAUCUUGGUGGGCUUGAAAAUGUUCUCCAACAAAUUGGGAACUAUGAAUUCAAUAAUGAUAUUAUUAACAAUAUGUCUGCAAAAGGCUUAUUCACCAGUUCCACCAUUAAUGGAAAUGUAACAAUCAAUUUCUGUAAAGAGUAA